AUGGCAGCAUCAGACAAUCCAUUGGUGAGGGAAAGCGAAUCGAUGGAUCCAACACUGUUUUGUACAGCAUAUAAAAGGAAUCGAUUUUUUAUGUUUACAAAACGCGAACCAGAUGCUCACGAAUCACAUAAGGGAGACAGAGAUGUGUACAAUGAAAAACCAACAAGGGAAGAACAAACCGUAGCAUCAGCACAACCUACUAAACAAAAAUUGGGCAAUACUGCUAUAUUACGUACAACCUCGGGAGAUAUCCAUAUAAGAUUAUUUCCCGAGUAUGCGCCAAAAGCUGUUGAAAAUUUCGUUACCCAUUCUAAGAAUGGAUAUUAUAACAAUGUGAUUUUCCAUCGAGUUAUCAAAGGGUUUAUGAUUCAAACUGGAGAUCCAUUAGGGGAUGGUACCGGAGGUGAGUCAAUAUGGGGAAAUGAAUUUGAGGAUGAAUUUCAUAGAGAUUUACGACACGAUAGACCAUAUACCGUAAGCAUGGCUAAUGCUGGACCAAACACUAAUGGAUCACAAUUUUUCAUUACGGUUGUUCCAACACCAUGGCUUAAUAAUAAACACACAAUUUUCGGUAGAGCAACUGCCGGUAUGGAUGUGAUUCACACCAUCGAAAACUCCAAGACCGACAAAAUGGAUAAGCCAUAUGAUGAUAUUAAAGUAAUCAAUAUUGAGAUCCGUUGA